AUGUCACGCAUCUACAAAAACACCUCCGUCCUGCCAAAGCCUGUGGAGAAGGAUCGUGUGGCGGAUGACCUGUUUGCACGAGUUGUCGAUAUCUGGGCAACCUACCUUGCCACCAUUGUACAGUCCAUCAUCAAAAAGCCCACCAUCCCAGAGGGCUGCGGUUCCGUUGUGGCAGAAAUAACCAUGAAUGAGAAAAUGACAUUGGGUAAGUGGAUACCUGCGCGUACCUUUUCGACCUUCUAGAUUCUCGUUUAUGCCUGAGUGCCCUCCCGUAUAUAGUUCUUUUGAGGAGACUCUGAAAACAUUAAGCGUAAGAAAAUAGGUUCUAGCGAUCUUAGGUUGGAGUCCGAUCCUCACUUUGAAGUAACAGUAUUGAAAUCCGACUCAUUUUAGAAAACCCACCUCGCAUCAGUGACGAUAUGCCGGCUAAAAUGAACCAACAUCCAUUUGACGGGACUCCGAUUUGCAGAAGUAAUUCAGACUGGAUUUAAAUAAAUAUAAGCGAGCGAGUUAAGACAAAAUAUCAAGCAGUUUGUCUUUGUGAUAAUUCAAAACUCAACCAUUUAAUGUGCCUACUAACGGCAAAACAGUAGGCCUUUUGAAUAAACCUAUGAUUUCCCCUCUGAAAGAAGAUCCUAUUGUGAGAAGACAACUGUUUAUCCUUUGUAAGAAUGCUUUCGCUUUUGCACAAGGCUCUGUAUAUCGUUUGCAAAUAAAUUAUCAGAUACAAACAUGGCCUCCAUAGCUGUUUUAUGUUCAGCUUCGAUGCAUUUUAGAAAUUCCCAGACAAAAACUACUCGGAACAGACUUUUUUUGGUAGUUCAACCAUGCCCAUGUUGAUUGCGCAGUUAAUGGCGAACAAAAACGGUGUGUAUGCUCCAGCUCGAGGUUUGCCAUAUAAGAAAUUUUUUUGUGGACGGUUGGUGCACUAUGCGUAAUUCAUGUCAUAGAUUGUCGCGGAUUGACACGGAAAAUUACUGCUUUCAAGCUGUCUAUCAAUAGUUUCGAGUUGCGGGGAAUGUCCAUUGCUGCGUUUUCUGAUAUUCUUCUUCACCGGGCGAACGGGAUUCUGCUGGGGCACAGUAUAACAGUCGUAUCUGAAAUAGUUACUUAUGUAUAUGAGUGGACAUGUUUAUUACGUCUAUUUCCCAGGCGAGGCGGAAGCUGCCGAGUGUCUGAAAAUGCUACAUGCCAUCAACAACUAUAGAACUACGCGCGCUGUGAAGGAUGGAAUUGAGUUUAUUGCUCUUGCCGCUGGUCGUCCUGAUCCGAGAGCCCGUCUUCACUUGGCGCUCGCAAUGGUUUACUUUAUCCUCGAGGAGAAAGCCAAGGUUUGAAUAUUUAUCUAUUUCAAAUGACUUUUAAAUUGCUUUAUGUCAAAACAUGCGAGCUUCAGCGGUUUCUCAGCAAUCAUUAAAGCAGGCGUCCGUGAAGUAGGGCCUUGGUUGAGUGUCUGCCCAGAGGACUUUGUUCUGUUUCAGAGGUCUGUAGGAGCACGCACACAACGUUUUAACAGUCUCCAGUUUUAUGUCAACAAAAUUAUUCUGUCCUUGUUCGUGAGGUGCGUUUUCGCUGACUUACUGCAAGUGCUUCUAAUCAGGCUCUGAAAUCACGCGUGACGGUCUCCACAGGGCCUCUAAAAAAAUCAGAUUAAUUCCCACUGGUCAGUUUUGUCUGCCCGGAAGCCACAACGGACAUCACAUGGCUUAACUUGGCAUAGAUGACGUCAAAAGUGCAAAAUAAGCCUUAAGUAGGAAUCAAAACUAGUGUAAAAUCUAGACGAGGCUCUAAAAGAUCGGAUUUCGAAAAGUAUUUAUGUGAAUGAGUCCCACUAGUGGGAGCUAUGGAAUAUGGGCCGAAGAACCUUAUAUUGUGAAUUUAAUUUAAAAGAAAAAUCAUAGCCUAUUCAUCAGACACAGUAUGCGGUAUGUUUCAUGACGUAGUGAAUCAAUAUUAAAAAUUGAAUUGACAUCUAAAGGUUAUUUUGAGGGGGCUGCAAUAUCCAUGGACAGUAGAUAUAAUUCCAAGAAAUUUCAUACAGAGUGCCAUAUUAGCUGUUGAUUAGAUGCCAUAUGGGGCACUUAGGUAUAUAUUUCUCAAGGUGGUCACCACUUAGUUGAAUAGAUUUGAAGUCCCAAUAUUGUCCUUUCCUGAAAACGCAACCAAGGCAGUUCAGCAUGCUAACUACGUGUGCUCUGUCAAUGCACAGUUCAGCCAAGCGGUAUUCAAGUCUGACAACCUAGGUCUGCGGGGGAGUCAAAUUCCUUCUUGAGCCUUCAGUUUGUCAACUGUGUUAGUAAGUACAGCGCGGGCGAGAAAAAUUUCAGACUAACUUCCCCUCCCCCAUACUUUGAGAAGAAUCUGGUGUAUCAGCAUUUGUAUCGAGCUAAAUAUAAUUCGGUCUGUCACAUCUCACAUCCAUCGCUAUCAUAGUCGCAUUCAUUAGUUCGGUGACAGCAAGCGGUCAGCUCUGCACCGGGUUAAGCAACACUAAUGUUCUAAAUUGUUAGUAACAUUUGUCCACUAAGCAUACAUAUCAGUGCGGUAUAACAAGCCUGAUUAGAAGCAAAACGGGCACAGCGGAGUCGGUCUUUGGCAUGCAAGAUGGUGUGGAAAAUUAAAUGUGGAAUUGUUCACACAUGGUCAGCCGUUUUAUUACUCUCUGAAGGCGGUGAUGCUAGCUGAACCUAUUUCGAUCCUAUUCAUUGUGAGAUUAAAACACGACCCUCACAGAUAUACCUCCUGACCUAACAUGCGAUUAGUUCUACAAGCAUAAUUAUUUUCACGCCGAGAAGGCGGUCCGGAUAGCGUGAGAAGUGGCCCCCGCGAAAUAAGGACUUUCUGUUUCUUUUUAAAGGCUCAUCAGUACCUGGAGGAUGCUGAGAUCUCUGUGAAGGCAGCAGAGGAAAACAAGAUUCUGAAUGAAGAACUCGAGCUGAUCAAGAGCGCCCUUUCAUGA